AUGACAGAAAUUGUACAUAAGAUGGCAAGAUCUAUGAAUGUUCAGCGGGAAAGUGACUCAGUGUGCGAAGCCUACCGGUUGGGAAAAAGGGAGGAUGCCCCAUUGUUAGUUAAACUCAAGAGGCAAGAAGAGAAAUUUUCAUUCUUUAAAAAAGUGAAAGAGUUGAAAGGCCUGAAUAUAGAAGCAUCUGGAUUGGAGGGAAAUAACAAUAACAACAACAAAAUCUUUAUAAAUGAUGAUUUAACACUGCAGAAUCAAAAACUUUUCAAAAAGGCCAUGGAUUUUAGGAAACUUCAUAAGUUCCACUCAGUAUUCACUCGACAUGGAAAGAUCUAUUUGAAAAAAUUCCAGACUGGAGAUCCAACCAAAAUUCAGAGCGAGGAAGACUUGAAAAUUGAGUAG